AACGAAUUCCUAUGUCCACAUCAACCUACUCGAAAGCACACGAUACGGAAGCAGUAACGUUAUACUUUGGUAUUAUAUUUUGCAAUCGUGGAAGACAGUCUCUUUUCAUUCCUCCAGUGAGUCACAGCAAAGUUUCGGCGGCCGUGUUAAAGGACUAACCCCGGUGCUACUCCGUGUGUGAGCACCAACAGAUGUACUUCUUUUUUGUUUUGGCCUCGCUGAUGGUUGCCAGUGCACCCGUGGCUCUGGCAUACCUAUCAGCGGGCUUGAAGGAUCAGCUACUGUCGGACGUGCUGUUGCGUGAGAUAGUGGAUCGUAUGGGCAAGGACAUAGCCGAGGCCGCGGAUUCCUACAUCGACCCGAUGGACGAAUUUCCCGGCCGGCUGGCAAUGAUGGCGCGGGCCACCAAGGAUCUGGAAUCUGAACAACUCGACUACGAUGCACUGCUAGACGGUAACCCGAACCCUUCACCACGUGAUCAGGAGUACCUUCAGCACAGUUCACUCUGGGGGCAUCAGUACGUGUCCGGUGGAACCGGCGAAGGCCCCCAUCACCCAAAACCGCAGGUGAAGACCGAUGCCAGUCUACCGGCGUACUGCAAUCCGCCGAACCCGUGCCCGGUGGGCUACACGGAAGAUCAGGGAUGCACGAUGGAUUUCGAAAAUACGGCCGCCUUCAGUCGGGAGUACCAAGCGGCCCAGGAUUGUAUGUGCGAUGGCGAACAUAUGUUCAAUUGCCCGACCCAGCAGCAAAGUGAUGCAGGAACGCAAAUGGAUUCGGAUCUGGAGAGUUUCAUUGCGCGGCAGUUUCACACUCAGGAGCACAAAAGUUUGGUGGCGAAGAAAUUUCACGUGAAGAAGAGUUCCAAUCCGUUCCUGGAAGGCGAGAAACUUCCCAUAGCCGCAAAGAAGGGUUUUAACGUCAAGCUCUAAACUCAUGAAACCACAUUUUCGCGCAACGGGCGAAUAGCAGUAUUCGGAUGUUGGCAAUAAUAUGCCGAUUACUAUUGCCGCCCACGUACGUUUGACAGUGCGAUAAAAAAUGGGAAUACGAUGACGAACAACUGGCACACUCCAUUCAACGGACCACGGCACAAGUACAUCUAGACAUACAUCUAAGUACAACCAAGGACAAAAAAUAAUACUAUUAGGAAACAAGCUGUCAAUCAGUUAUACCUGCAAUUGAAAAAAAACAGUAGUAAUUCGAGAGAUGAAUCAUGAAAUCGUAUCUUUCCCCCAAAAAGCACAAUCUGAAUAACUUCAAGCUUUCUCUCUAAUUCUUUUGAAUCCUAUGACUUUUCCCGUAUCCUUGUACAUACGCCCUCAGCAGCGUACUUGAGCAGUGCAGGAGCAUUCUUCCGAAUUGCAACACCGAGAAAUAACUAUUCUUGGAUUCAUUGAAUAAGUGUUAGAUAACGAGCAAAAGGCGAUAUUUUUACAAUUUUCAGUGAUAUGUUUAUUCAAUAUAUAAACCUAUAGUUACUGUACGUCGUAAUCAAAAAAUUCAGAUGAUAGAGAUAAUUGUGUAUGAUUAGUGAACACUGUCUUAUAAAACUGGACGAUCAGCCAUACAAAAAUGGAACUGAAGUAUUUUGUUUCUGGUGUGGAAAAUUGAACAAAGCGAAUGAGUGUGUAUUUAAAGAUGCCCCAAAUUCCGUAAUCUAUUUAAGUGACAGAAAUGCUUGGAUCGGAAUAAUUGGAGCCCAUUGGCUUUAACCAAGAUAAUAUGCUGGUAAAGUUGUGUGUUAGAGAACGUUAUAGUAGUGAGUGAGAAAUAUGCGCGGUUAAAGCAUAUGGGCCUUAAGCUUCCGAUUCAAGUAGAGCGUGUAACGGGCAAAAGCUCUAUCAGUAGAUGGCAACAUCAUAGCAGAGGAGCAACAUGCAAAGAGCUUUCCGUUCGAUAUGAACUGUAAAGACAUAUCAUGGAUCAAAGCUUUGCGUAACGCUGGGUGGUGAAUUAGUUGACAAGAUAAUGAAUGUUCGACACCUUUUGGAAGCUGCUAAAAUGUCUUGGCAUUCGAUAUCCAGACGUGUUCACAUGCUCAGAGAUUGGGAAAAUUGAUGAAAAUUGCAAACGACAACCUAAUGCUUUUUCGAUUAAUUCAAUGGAAACUGCAACAGGCGCAAAGUUGUAAAAAGCUUUGAUAGACAUGAGAAAACUAGAUAUAUAUACAUAUACAAAGUGAGGCAUUUAUUUUAUUGGAAAAAUUUGAAUCUAAAUGUAAUAUAUAUGAUACAGAUAAAUAUUGUUUUAUAGUCAUUAUUACAAUGAAGCAAGCAACUGCUCCAUUCAGACACAGAAAACAACCAAAACAUGUAUUCGUUAAAAAUAACAUCCCAAAUAACGAAAACAAACAGAAAAUAACGACCACAACCAAGUCAGCCAAACCAGACUAGAAAUUUGACUAUAACUUCUUCGCGUGAGUAUGUAUGUUUGGGAAGCAACUUGUUUUUGGUUUGCAUUCAACUGGCAAAAAUAUCUGACCAUCAUAUGUUCAAUUUGAUGAACUAAGAAUCGAACCAAAAACCAGUCGAUAACGUACGAAUUAUUGAAAAUGUGCAAAAAAAACAUCAACCAAAAUUGACGAUUUCAAAUAUCGUCAAAAGCUAUUCGAAAAGUGUUUCGAAAAAUUAAUGUAUAAAUACUAUGAGGAUCGAACGAAUAGACAAUAUACAGUGCAGCCCAAAUCAUGCAUCUAAUGAACAUCUAUGCAUCUGGAAACCAUAAAACAAUCAAAUAUAGUGCUGCAAAUGAAAUGCCAAAGCUAAACACGUCUCCUAAAUAAACAUAAAAAGCUUCUAAAAAGUGCAGUGUAUCGAUACAACAUCCGAAAUAGUAAGAAAACUAUCAAUACUAGACUAAUGAGAGCAACAGCUACAUUGAUGCAUAAAAUUAAUGUUGUAAAGCAUUCUAUCCUCCCACUAAAACCGUAAAUCACAUUUCAUUUAAGAAUUUCCAUUCCAAUUUUUAUUUGCCCCCCAAAAAUGGAAAUUGUGUAAUGAAAGGGUUGGUUCCUUGAAAUCGCUGGAACCAUCUGGAAAGACGUGUAACUGUUGAAAAGAAAAAUAAUCAAACCUGUAUUAUGUAAACUCACAAGUAUUCUUAUUGAACAAUGCAAACAAUCCCACACAUGUGAACAAUAUGCUUAGCGAACGGCAACCAUAUAAUGGAAUGGCAUGUAACAAAAAUAAUUACAUACAUAUAUAUAUAUGAUAUAUUUAUUGAAAGUCCCCCUUUGUCAUAAUGCAAAGUUUUAACUAUCAAACAGUAAAUCAACUGCAAAGAGGAAAAUCAUCUCAAAUCAAGUAUAUUGUAUUCCACAUAAAUCUAUGCGAAAUAAAAACAAAAUGAGUGUAGUAUUUCUGCAAACUGAA